CACUUUCUGUUACAUGGAUGAAAUGAUGCUCCCACCCUCACCCUGAAGCCGAGUCCUUGAACGAAGCCCAGUGAAGAACGGCAGAGAGCCUCCUUAAGAGAGAAGAAAGGGGAGGAGAGAGCGUCUCUCUCUGGGUAUAGCAACCCCACCUCCCGGUUAUUUCAUCUUCCUUACAAGGCUAAAGCCAGAAGCUUUCCUCUGCGCCUGGGUCCCUUAAAAGCAGGAGAACAAUCCCCAAGGAUCCCGGUGGAGCGCAGCCGGGAUGUGCGGCUGACAGAGACCGGGAAGGAGGCGCUGGCAGGAGCGCUGUGGAAAGCACAGCAGAGGAGGCUGGUGCUCUCCAGAGAAGUGUGACAGUAACCUAUGAAUCCUAAACCAGGUGUCCAGUGAUGCAGAUCUUCUAAAGAAACAUGAAACCAAACCCAAAAAGAAAUCACUGAGGGGGAAAAAGUGCAACAUGAGAGCUAAAACGAAAAACUGGCCUGUGGAGAAGAGCUGCUGGGAGCUCUGACAGACCUUGAGGACUCCUAGACAGCUCCUGCAGAUUGCAGGCUUUGGCUCAGCCUUCCAGUGAGUGCAUGCAGAGCUGUGGGUUCAGCAGUCCAGCAUGGAGGUGCUACGUCGUUCCUCAGUCUUUGCUGCAGAGGUGAUGGAGGUUUUUGACAGGUCUCCCACUGACAAAGAGCUUGUAUCCCAAGCCAAGGCUCUCUGCAGAGACUACAUAAACUCAAGGCUGAUUCAGGCGGGUGUCAGCUGGAGCAAACCUGAGUACAAUGCCCCAGUGCCUGGGGGUAAGCUGGCCGAGGUGUCCACCAUACUGCUACGACUUGGGGAUGAGCUGGAGUACAUUCGCCCCAACGUCUACCGCAACAUUGCGCGCCAGCUGAACAUCUCGCUGCACUCCGAGACCGUGGUGUCGGACGCCUUCCUGGCUGUGGCCGCGCAGAUCUUCAGCGCAGGCAUCACAUGGGGCAAGGUGGUGUCUCUCUACGCCGUGGCAGCUGGGCUGGCAGUGGACUGUGUGCGGCACGCACAGCCAGCCAUGGUUCACACCAUCGUGGACUGCCUCGGAGAGUUUGUCCGCAAGACCUUGGUGACAUGGCUGAAAAGGAGAGGAGGCUGGGCAGACAUCACAAAAUGUGUGGUGAAUACUGACCCCAGCCUUCGCUCCCACUGGCUCGUGGCUGCUGUUUGCAGUUUUGGUCACUUCCUCAAGGCCAUCUUCUUCGUCCUGCUGCCUGAGAGAUGAGUCUGAGUUGCCAAGCACAACCCCCUUGCCCCAUCUUCUCUCCCACUCCAGAAGCAACAAGAAGUAACUGGAGAAGUAAUUCCAGACUGGUAAGGGCAAUCUCUGAAGAGGAGGAAGAGAAGAACUGGGACAAAAAAAAAGGCUUAUUCUCCUCUCCCAUCAAGUGGGAGCAGAUGAUCAACCACAGUCUCCUGUUUGCAGCCACUCGAGCCUCUCUCACCAUUAAUCCUUCCAAGAAUCUUGUUUCCCUGGGUAACCUGCAUGUGUGGCCUAAGUGUAGCUGGUCCCUGGGCAGCGUGGGACUGUCAGAUGGCUGCUCCUCAUGGCUGUGUUGCAUGCUUCUGCUAGCACCAGGCAGAGGGGAGGAGGAAGGCAACAUUAUUUGAUAUGGGAUAAGAAAACAGGAGAGGGAUAGAGUCCCUCCUUCACUCCAUGUGAUUUCCCUUUCAGUCCUCAGACUUGCCUUGUGUUGAUUCUUGUUGUAACAUUUGUGCUUAAACUUCAUCUCCUCCUUUAUCCCUAACUCACUUGCUGGGCUCUGCCCCAGCACAGCAUGGUGGGUUUUUAAUGACAUAAAACCAAAUAAUCUGUCAAGAGAUGCUUCUCCCUGACAUGUCCUGGAGAUUGGUCUGAGUAGCUGUGUGAGGGGCAGGAUGACAGAGCAAUGUGUGUUUUGUUGACCCCUCUUACUGCACUCACCCCAGUCAAACAGGAGAGCAAGGGGCAGUGCCUUCAAGCAACAGCUCAGGAUGGAAUUUCAUCAUGAAGAAAAAUGUUUUCUGCACUGAGAUUCUGUCAGAACUAAGCAUGUGAGUAGGAAAGGCUGGGGGGCAUGGGCAGAAAUAGGGAAGCAGCAAGUGAACUGGCUGGCAUUGUAAAAGCAGUGAGCUGUGCUGAAAGUAGCUGAUGUAUGUUUCUCCUUUAAUCUCUUUGAAGUACAACUCGUAGUCUUCUUUAUGGCAAACAAUAAAAGAAAGUAAGUGGUAUUUCAUUACUGCAAA